AUGGAAGUGCAACCAUCUCCAUCGCCAGCUAUGGCCACGGAAACGGCCGCGGAAACGGCCACGGGAGCGGUCACGGGAACGGCAACUCCUACAACGCCGGCACAACCUAGGCCUAGUCCAGUAUCAUCCACACAAGUCAUGUCACCAGCUAAACCUCAGCCCAACCCUGCAACGCACUAUCCUAAUGGUCUUCCACGUAGCAUUAAUGGUCUAAAGAGCAAUGGUGUUAACGGAACCGGAUCAUCAUCUUCGGCAUCGGGUAGAACAACAUCAGAUGCAUCUACGCCACCUGUUCGACCAUCUCCAAUGAUGGCAACACCGGGCCCAGUUAUGCCGCAUCCUUCGGCAUCAGCAUCAACAUCAGCACCCGCCCCGACCCCGGCUUCGGCCUCGGCACCGGCAUUUGCGCCUACACCUACACCACACAAAUCAUUCCACACCACACCAAUAUCACAGACCCCUCCGACAACACAAGCGCACCGCUAUGUGCAACGCCAGUCAUCUAGCCUGCCUCACAAGAUCUCUAUUGUUGAUCCACCUAGCGCACACUUAAAGCCUCGGAGUACAUCUCACCCUCAGGGAUUUCCAUCUCCCAAGAGAGAGCACCAUCUUGAGAAUCCUAAAUAUAUGGACGAUCUUUCGCGCCUUACGCAUGCUGUGCAACAGUCGGUCCCGGCUGCCGUGAGAAGGGUGGUCCGAGAUAAUUGGGAAAAGUCCCUACUUGGUUCGGAAUUUCAUUCCGCAUUCUUGUUGAAUGCGGUCAUCCACCACUGCAAUGGGGUUAUUAUUCGUCGCUCCAUUAAAGAUUUCGGUGCCAAGAUGGUUUCCGAAUCUAAACAUGAGAUCGUCGCGCAUCUCCAAUCUGCUGAUUUGGAUGAAGUGGUCGAUGAUAUACUAGCCAAAGCUAGCGACUAUUUCUUAGACAGGGCAUUAGAGAAGAGGUUAAGAACUAUCGAGGCGCGUUCUCUUAUCAACGCUCUGGCUCGAGCUGAGCGACUGGGUUAUGAGAACAGCGAUGCCCUCGAUGAUCAAAUAGAUGGAGCACCGAGGUUCAACCCAGCCCCAACAUCAUUUAACCCGUCGGUCAACUUGAAUUCUGUUGAUCCGAACCCAAGAUCGAUACCGAUGCCAAGCCCCUCUGCUCUACCGCAUGAAAAUCGUCCUCGUCAGGUUUUGCAAUGUCCGUUGUGCUGGCGCAAAUUCGACGACGUUCAACCACAUGAUUACCAUGUUCAGAAACAAGUUUGCACGAAGGAUCCGCCUAGUCAGGAAGGGUUUCCCUUUUCGUGUAGACAUUGUGGUGCGGGCUUCAUAACAAAGGUUGGCCAGCAAUAUCACCUGAAUAACCAUGUCUGUGGAGAGCAUGGCACCAUGCCGGCAACUCCUAAAGCACCUGCAACUUCGGGAUCACCGAUCAUACUAUCCUCCGGUGGCCCUAGUCCAGUUCCAUUUCCUUCGUCUACCGUGCCUCAACCGUUAGGGAGCCAGCACCAAUUCCAUGUCCCAUCUCAGUAUGCUACGACGCCGAUACAGUCUAAGGCACCGACGACGCCAACCCCCAACUCAUCAACUAAGGAUAAUCCCUAUGCCCAUUUGAAUGCCAGCACUCGAGAAAGAUUGGAAGAAGAACUCCGCCAAGCCGAACUCACGUACUCUGCUCGCUUCAGGGAAGCGGAGCAUAUUCCAGAUCUAGCGCAACGGCAGACUAGAUUGGAAGGCCUUCACAACAGUUUCAGCACAAAGCAGAGUAUCAUCCGAAAGAAAUACGGUGUUCGUCUUCGUAACCGACGCACUAAGGCUGAAAUCGACAGCGAACGUCUUCGUAUGGGAUGGAAGCACGAAAGCUUGAGUCAGCCAGAAGGAACUCCAAGCGCUAAACGCCAACGAACUGACGAUGGACCUGAAGAGAUAAUCAAUCACCUGACCGUCUCAGAAAUGACGACAGGUCUACGUGGAUCGAAUGCUACUGCGGCUACAGUUGAUCCCACACUGCCGAAGCCUAGCCCUCCGGAACAGCCGGCACCAGCUCAAAAUAGUCUUUCGUCCUUUCAAAGAAAAGGUUAUCGGGUCUCUUCUCACCAUGCGCAGCCCAAAUCAGUUUCUCCAACGGAUACUAAGAUGGAGGAGGUAACUCCUCCACGAAUUGGCUCAGCUUCUGGGCCGGUAAUUAUAGAAGAUGACCGUUCAGAAUCAACAGAUGACGAUUCGAACGAUGAUAUCCCUGCCAGUCUACCACCACCUCGUCGAACGAGUGGCACGCCACCAAGGGGUCUCGCAGCAGCCCCUCACCGUCCUCCUAGCUCCUCUGAGAAGAUUUAG